UGGGGUGGCAUUGGCGAGCCUCUCGGCAGCGUCUGCGCAGGCGCACGCCGGCCGCUGAUGCAACCCUGGAUGAUGACCUGUGGGAGGAGGCUGCGCUGGUAGCGGGAAGGAGAGAGGAUCAUUCAUCGUUGGAUCGCUCGGCCGUGCUGUACAGGGUCAUCAUUAGAAGUAUUCAACAACAUGGGGGAAAAGAAAGAUGUUCAGGAGAAAAUCAAUCUUAUCACAAGAAACUUGCAGGAAGUCUUGGGUGAGGAUAAGUUGCAUUCCAUUCUGCAAGAACGCGACUUGAAUGUGUACUGGGGAACAGCUACGACUGGAAAACCUCACAUAGCAUACUUCGUGCCAAUGUCAAAGAUUGCUGACUUCCUGAAAGCUGGGUGUGAGGUAACUAUUUUAUUUGCUGAUUUGCAUGCUUAUUUGGACAACAUGAAAGCUCCCUGGGAACUUCUCCAGUUGAGAACACAGUACUAUGAACAUAUCAUAAAAGCAAUGCUGGAAAGUAUAGGUGUACCAACAGAAAAGCUCAAGUUUGUGAAAGGAACAGAUUUUCAGUUAAGCAGGGAAUACACUUUGGAUGUCUACAGAUUGUCCUCUGUAGUGACUCAACAUGAUGCCAAAAAGGCUGGUGCUGAAGUUGUUAAACAAGUGGAGCAUCCACUUCUCAGUGGCCUACUGUACCCUGGGUUACAGGCCUUGGAUGAAGAAUAUCUGAAGGUUGACGCACAAUUUGGUGGUAUUGAUCAGAGGAAAAUAUUCACAUUUGCAGAAAAGUGCCUUCCAGCUCUUGGGUUUGCCAAGCGUAUUCAUUUAAUGAACCCUAUGGUCCCAGGUCUGACUGGAGGAAAAAUGAGCUCAUCUGAAGAGGAAUCCAAAAUUGAUUUGUUGGACAAAAGGGAAGAUGUAAAAAAGAAGAUGAAAAGAGCAUUCUGUGAACCUGGCAAUGUGGAGAACAAUGGCAUUUUGUCAUUUGUAAGGCAUGUCUUGUUUCCAUUGCACGAAGAGUUUGUAAUUUUGAGAGAUGAAAAGUUUGGUGGCAACAAGACCUAUUUAGAAUAUAGCAAUCUUGAAAAUGACUUCCGUGAUCAGACUAUUCACCCUGGAGAUCUAAAGAGUUCUGUGGAAGUUGUGUUAAAUAAUCUCUUGGACCCGAUCAGGAAGAAAUUUCAAACACCUGAGAUGCAGCAACUAAUCAAAGGAGCUUAUCCCACACCUAAGAAACAACCAAAGGGAACUACCAAAGGACCAGCUUCUGAGAAUUAUGAAGUUAUACCUUCCAGGCUUGAUAUUCGAGUCGGCAGGAUCGUCAGUGUGGAGAAUCAUCCUGAUGCAGAGAGUCUGUACGUGGAGCAAGUGGACAUUGGAGAAGCACAGCUACGAACAGUUGUCAGUGGGUUAGUGCCGUACGUCGCUGCUGAGGAUCUCCUGAAUCGGAACGUUGUCAUGUUGUGUAAUCUGAAGCCACAGAAGAUGCGAGGAAUUGAAUCUCAAGCCAUGUUGCUUUGUGCAUCCAUAGAGGGGGAGAAGCGUAAAGUGGAGCCAUUAAAUCCUCCAGAAGGCUCUGAACCAGGAGAGCGGGUGUUCAUAGAGGGAUUUGAAAAUGGCCCAGCAGAUGAUGAACUGAAACCAAAGAAAAAAAUAUUUGAAAAGUUACAGGUUGAUUUCAAGAUUUCAGACGACUGCACAGCCCAGUGGCAACAGAAGAACUUUAUGACGAAACUUGGUGCUGUUACAUGUAAAUCUUUAAAAGGCGGAAGUAUAAGUUAAUGAAUAACUCCUGCUUGGAAAUACAAGGAUUGCUUUUCUUCUGGCAUUCAGGCUUCAGCUCCAGUCCUUUACAGUAAGGAUGUCAUUGCAGUCUCAGUGAGUUGAGAUUCGGGUUGUAUCAUCUUUCAGUAGUGGUGAAAUAUCAAGGAAUUUAAUAAUGGUUCUUAAUCUUGGACCAAUCACAAUCUCAUGAAUAAUAUCUAAUGUACCAAUGAUCAAUGUGUACAAUGCAUUUGUUGCCAGUGUGACAUUCUUGCUUGAUUAAUGGAAAUUAUUAUUUUGGGCGUUUUCACUGUCACGGUAAUUCUCUUUGCUUGUAGCUAAGUUGGGAUAUUUAUUCUUCUUGCGUAUGGCGUGCACAACCUAAAGUUGUAGGACAACUUGUUCUAUUUGAUUGUGCACACCAGGUUGAUAGCAUUCCUCAAAACAGGGCGGACAACGCGAAAGUUACAACCUCCCACCCCGUUGGGAUAUUUGAAAGCAUGUUAAUCUUACACUUGACUGAUGGGAUACUAAAGAUCCACUAUCUCCUUAAUGUAUCCUGAUGAACUGGAAGGAGCACAGCAUCUCACAAACUAAAUCCCCUGCCCUGCAGACCAUCAGCAUCUCCUGCCCCAUCUUUGGAAAAGUCUGUGCUUUCCACAUUGAUGCUGUUAGCCACCUGUAAACCCUCAAAACAAAGCUGAAACAAGUCAUCCUAGAUCUAGAAGAACUAGCAAGAAUGCUUUCAUUAAAGCCCACUUUAAACAAAAAAGGGUAAUUCAUUUAACAAUACCUCCAGAUUUCUGUAAAUAAUAACGUUGUUUGGCUUCUUUGGCUUUAAUUACGCUCUCCAGCUGAAGUUGGUUUAAUUCAUAACUAUGUAUACUCGCCCUCAAAAAUGUCCUGUCAAUGUAAUCUUACUUAACUGCUGCUAAAUAAAGGGGUGGAGGGGUAGAACAGUAGCACAAUGGUGCAGCUGGUGAUACUGUUCAUUCACCGCACCAGUAAACCAGGUUUAUUUAUGAUCUAUGGCACUGUCUGUGUGAAGUUUGCACAUUGUUUGCAUUGGUUUUCCCACAGGUCCUCCGGUUUCCCCCAAAAAAAUGCAGGUUGGCAGGUUAAUUGACUACUGUAAAUGUCCUGUCCAUAUGUGUGUGGUGAUAAAUCUGGAGGUGUAGAUGGGAAUGUGGGAAUAAUGAAAUUAUGUUAAUAUAAGUGGGUGGGUGGUUGGUGCAGAUUCUGUGCGGUGUGACUGUAAUGAAAUAUUAUUUUCUAAUUGGGGGCCCUAAUGCAAUCAUGUUGGGCCUUGAUGAGACUAAAUCUAAGGAGCAUUAAGUUUUAUUUCCUUCCCUAAAAAAAUAAUAUAUCUGCCAAAAAGAAAUUGAAAUGACAAUACAUCCUGGUUGCUGGGAAGGCACAUUUGCUUCAUGACGAGAGAUUGUGUAGUCAAGGUUGGAAUUAUCUGAGGUUUAGAAGAAUAAGAGGUAAUGGCAUUGGAAUUUAAAAAAAAAAUCUGAAAGGGUUCAUCUGAUUAAUGCAGGGGGGAGAUUUUCCCCAUUGAGGAGCAUUGAACUAGUGUUCAGAGGGGUAAAAUAUUUUGGACAUAUCAGAUAUUUCUUCAUGCUGAAGAUGGUGAAUCUAUGGAAUCUCAAUCGUGGAGGCCUGUAGAAGCUUCCUCAUUGAAUUGAUUCAACACAGGGAUCAUUAGAUUUCUGCAUUCGUAGGGAAUUAGGGGAGUGUACGAGAAACUUACAACAAGGUGAAAGAGCAGCUGUGUGUUUGAAGAAUGGGAAAGCAGACUCGAAGGGCCAAGUGGCCCUUCAUUAGUUUGUCAAAGGAUAAGAGGAGAAGGCAUGAGAACGGGGUUGAGAGGGAAACAUAGAUUAGCGAUGAUCGAAUGGCGGAGCAAAUGUGAUGGGCUGAAUGGCUUAAUUCUGCUCCUAUAUUCUAUGGUAUUAUGGUCUAAUGGCUGCCUCCUGCUGCUAAUUCUUAUAAAAUAUAAAGUAUAAGAUAACUGCCUAUAAUUAGAUUUCAUUGUGUAUAUGUGAUCCAUUUGAUUACGUUUGUAAUGAUGUAAUUAGGUUGCAUGUUCUGGCACGGAAAUUUGUUUCUGGAUCACAAAUAUCUUCUGUCACCACCUCCAAUGUUACGCUUUCAGUUUACUCAGACUUAAAUUAUUUGACAUCUUCAUUUGAAGAUGCUAUACAUGUUUUGGCAAGUAAAUGAUAAAAAAAAAAGUUGGAGCAGCUGAAAUAGCUUCU